UCUUGUUCUGGUUUUUCUUGGAGUGAGGUCUGUGCCUGCCGACGCGCCUCUCCUGUGCAGCCCCCCUUCAAGAAGAGCUAUUUUAAAAAAAACAAAAAAAAAACAGACAGGGAGAGAAAGGCAAGAAACCUUUUUAUUUUUGAAAAGAAGAAGGAUCUGCAUAAUACCAGUGAAGUGGAUAAAAGCGCACGGCUGGAUUCUUUUUGCGUUCUCUCGCGUUUUUCCCCUCUGGUGUCUGAAUGAAACAGGGAGGCAGAGACAUGGGAGAGCAGCGGAGUGUAAGGUUUUGCUCUGUUCUGGGGGUGUCGGUCUGUCAGCAUGACUGAGUAAACACCUUCUGCCUUUAACUUUUAUUCUUCACAAGCUGGUGAGUUUCACUCCACCGCUUCUUUUUGCAGCCCAGAGUUCCCAUUUCUCUUGGAACGCUGCAGAGACUUUGGUGUUUCACCCCCCAACACACUGUCAGUGAAACUGCCCUAAACUUUUCUGCGUUUUUUUUUUUAAAUAAAUAAAUAAAUAAGAAGAUCGUAUUGCAUUCCCCCCCCCCUCCAAACAUUUUGAAGGUGAUGUCAUCGUGCUGUGUUUUGGCAGGUAUUGUGUUGAGAGGGCGCAGAGGGGACUGCUGCAGCCAAGUGGUAACCAGCGGUUGAGUAGAGCCGCGGGGGUGGGGGGGGGGAGAGUCCGGAAAAAUCAGGUGCAAAGUGCGGCAUGUCAUUUCCUCGCCGUGUCGCGGGUGGCUGACUCUGCCACCCAGUCGCAGCUGCUCCCAUCAUCUCCAGCCACCUCCUUCCUCCAUCAUCUUUCUUUCCCUUCUAUUACCCCCCUAAUUCAGGACUGCCCAUAUUCUUCCAUCUGAGCUGGAUCGCUCCGGGACCUUAUCAACGUCUUCCUGGAACACCGUUAGCGGGUGUCACCUGAGCUCCAGACCCGCUGCGUGGAGGCGCAGAGAUGACCGAGUUCGCAUUGCAUUACCCUGCGCCCGCAGAGCCCCAUCAUCCAGGUCGCAGUUUGCUCCAGCCGCCAGCCCAGGAAACCCGCCUGCAAGAGCUCCAGAACCCGCACAGCUUGGAUUAAACCUGCCUCUACUCCCGUCUGUGGAUCUCAGCGAGUUCGGUUUUUUCACUUUUUUUUUAUUGCUUUUUUUUUUUUUCCUGCAGCGCCGAAAACUUUUACGCACUGGAUUACGCAUCUGUUCCUGGGGGUCAGCUAGGUCGAUCGGUGCAGGCAAUUUGUAACACGUGAACGCGCUUUCACCUGUUCCGCUUUCUGUCGGGAACGCGCAGCCCAUUUGCUGCCCCCGCCCAUCUGUCCCACCACCGGUCAGGACGGCUGUUAAAGGUUGCCCGGCGGUCAUCACUCACGCCGUCUCGUCUGUGCCAUCCACACCGGGAGGACCGGAGCACGCCGCUGCCGCCGAUGCCAACAGGAGUGACAACUGACUCUUUGACUCUGGACAGCAUCCAUCAGGUUCACAGUGUGAAGGGAGAAUCUCCGGACUGUCGGACUGGCUCAGACCGAGCGAGGAGACCGUCUCUGGGCCAAGUUCCAUAGUGGAGGGGGGAAGCAAUGUGGUCCCUUCUUUCCACGUUGACCGUCUUAUGUAUCCAGAUGUUACUGGUGAUGUGCAAUCCAUUGCAGCAGGUACUUGGCGUAGAUGGAGUCAACUUCAGUGUGCAUGUGGAGAACCAGACGCAGGUGCGAGACACCAUGAGUCGGAGACAUCACAGAGUCUACCAGCUCUACAGCCGUACGAGCGGCAAGCAUGUCCAGGUGUUGGGACGCAGGAUCAGUGCCAAGGGAGAAGAUGGAGACAAAUAUGCCCAGCUUGUAGUGGAGGCAGACACCUUUGGUAGCCAGGUGAGAAUCCGAGGCAAAGAAACCAACUUCUACCUUUGCAUGAAUCGACGCGGGAAGCUGGUGGGAAAGAAGGCCAGUAACCGAAGCGCUGACUGCGUCUUUGUGGAAAUGGUCCUGGAAAACCAUUACACAGCUCUGAUGUCUGCGCGCUACACGGGCUGGUAUGUUGGCUUCACAAAAAGGGGGCGUCCUCGCCGGGGACCCCACACGCUCCCCAACCAGCAGGACGUACACUUUAUGAAACGCUUUCCGCCAGGGGAACAGCCUGACCUCACCACACCCUUCCGUUUUACUACCAUCAGCAAGCGGGUCAAAAGGGUCCGCACCACUGGGACACGCUAGUAGUGGCUAACGCUAGCACCCACAGUUUUGAGGAGCACAAGCCUCACCCUGAGCCUCCAAAUGGCUAACCCAGUCAUCUCUUCUGUUGCACUCGACUGAUCGUCUAUCCCUUUGAUGGGACAAAUAUUGACCAGAAACCCAAUGAAUCAUUAAUGGGGUUCAGCUUUAAGAAUCCUAAAUCAACACUCAUAGCACCUGGUUAGUCACAAUUUUGCUAACCUUUUGUUUCCUUGGACCAACUGGACUGUAUCUCCAGUAACGCUGGAAACUCAGAAAGAGUGACAGAGAGCCUUAAGGUCAGUUGAAGUCCAAGGCACAACAAAGGCCUUGAAUCCAGAACCACAUAAACCACAUCCCAACCCUAAUCCUGUCUGGAGUCCACGUGGACUAUGUCAAGUGUGGGAUUGUAACUGGACCAUACAGAGAAAGUAUAGCUGGGGAAAGACUAGCUGAACAAGACAAUGAGUGCUUAGCCUAUAACAAAGGGAAAAUUGGGACAUGAAAAUGUUCUAAAGGAUACAGAGAUAGUGAUCCGCACAGAUCCAGAGGACAUUUAAUGAACUGUUGACAUGUGACGCACUUAUCUGUCUCACUACUAAACUGGUGGGAACCUGUGGGACUGUUGGGCAAAAGGCAGGAAAUAAAGGAUGAAUGAAGAAAUAUUAGAGUGAAUGACACUGAAUAUAUGCAUGUUCUUGAGAGGCUGACAAGGAAAUGUGUAUUGCAUGAGUGCUUGGAGAUAAAAAAUCACAAGAGGUUCUGGAAAUGGACCGUGCUGUCCCAGGACAUCUCGAUGCAGGGACCGAAGCUUUAAGAACUGGAAUGUACUUAAUAAACCAAGCUGCACCAAAUUCUGCCAACAACUCACUGCAAACCAAACCAACUGCAACCAAAGACAACUGGAGACUUUCUUUAUGAUUCCUCCUCUUUCUUUGCUUCCCCCGAGGACACUACAUCCACAGCUUUAAGGUGCAGAAGGUGAUGAGUGCUUGGCUAAGCCCAGUGGGGAGUGUGCCUUCUCUAAUAGCAUCGCUAUAGAAACGACCCAGGGGAUGAUGCUCCUGUGAGAUACCGUGGAUACAGAGUGCUGCUACCAGGACAUUCAGUGGGAUAUCCAAAGUCUCAUGCAUACACACAAGGGAAGAAAAAUUAAAGGGAACAAUUUAUUGAAAGUAUAAAUAUAUAUAUUAUAUAUUAAAGAAAGACAGAAACGUAAAUAAGCAAUCUUACUAUGAUGGUUACUAUAAUUAUUACGAUAAAAUUAUUUCAUUUAUUUAUUUCAGCUCUGUGUGCAGCAGUCUUUCUUGACUCAGUAAACCUUUCAGAAACAUUUCAAAA